AUGACAACGCUAAAUUCAAUGUUUAGAAUUGUAUUAAUAUGUUUCUCGAUUAUUUCGACUAUUAUGGGUGCUCAAGAUGUCUGCGUCAAAAAGGGGCCUUGCACUUGCGAGUAUUCCAAUGGGACCGGCGUAGAUUUGUCGCCUGCGGUUAAGGCCACAUUUUACACCACUCAAACAUAUGAGUUAAGGAUGGCUGGUGCUGAGUACGAUCUUACUACAUAUUUCUUCCAUCCUUGCUUCGAUGUUACGCCAAGUGUAAACAGCACAAACCCCGGUGGUUGCAACAGCCCAUUAUCGUUAUGUAGGCAAACAACUCACUUCAACUAUAACGCAACAAUACAAGGUUUUUUAUCUGAUGGUGGCCUCUAUGAAAAAAUGGGAGAUACAAAUGGAUCAACCUUUAGUGCUGAUGGAAAAUCUAUUAUUUACUCAAAUAUUCCAUCAUCUACUAUAGUAAUGUUGGUGUGUGCUCAAUCAGAAGGUGAACUUAAUGUGUUUUCUCUUAUGGAUCCUAAAAAAAUUGCACUAGCAUUCUAUUCAAGACACGCGUGUCUGAAAGUGAUUGAAGAAUCUGGAAGGUCUCUCGGUUCUACACUUCUAAUUGUCUUCUUCUCUUGUGUGAUUUUCUAUCUGGUCCUAGGAAUUUGUACUAAGAAAUUCCUGAUGGGAGCGACUGGAUUAGAAGUCAUACCAAAUCUAGCUUUUUGGAGUGAUCUACCUAAUCUUGUCAGAGAUGGUUGGGCAUUUGCUAUCAAUGGAUUCAAGCUGCCGACCCGUUCUGGUCCUGUGACGUCACCGGACCCUAACAGCUAUGACAGCAUAUAA